GCAGAUGCCUCUCCAACCUUGGCUUCUUUCUGGACGCGAAGGGAUGGUUUCAUCUCUGUGCCGACCCGUCCGCCUCUCCGUCUCCCACGUUUAUUCCGUUCUUCCUAAAUAUCACGCCCUCUCCCCCUUCUGCCCUUCCUCCUUCCUCAGAUUUUCGGACCUGCCACUCCCGCGCCCCCCGAAGCUCAUCGCCGCCUCCAUGGACGCCCCUCCCCAGGGCUACCGAAGAAACAUCUUUUCGGCUUCGAGGCUCGAUAUCCCGGGCGCAUGGCAGAUGCCUCAGGGUGGUGUGGAUCAAGGAGAAGAUCCUCGAAUUGCUGCUAUUAGAGAGCUAAGGGAAGAAACUGGAGUUACAUCAGCAGAGAUUCUUGCAGAGGUUCCUUAUUGGUUAACCUAUGAUUUCCCUCCGGAAGUAAGAGAAAAACUAAACAAACAAUGGGGAACGGAUUGGAAAGGUCAGGCACAAAAGUGGUUUUUACUUCGAUUUACUGGAAAAGAGGAAGAGAUAAAUCUAUCUGGUGAUGGAUCUGAAAAGCCAGAAUUUGCAGAAUGGUCAUGGAUGACACCGCAACAAGUAAUUGAACUCGCGGUGGAUUUUAAGAAGCCCAUCUAUGAGGAUGUUCUGAAGUUUUUCAGCCCCCAUUUACAGCCAGAUUCAGCUGCACAAGUAUAGAUGAUUUCUCUUAUUCAACUGCCUGCCUUUAAGAAAACUGAGUGGACAUACCAGCACCUGCACAUCAAUUCAGCCAUAACCAAGAAUCACAUGGUCUGUACUGCUCAUCAUUUACUCUUCGAUGUCGCUUGAUGUGGUGAUUACUUAUGGAUUAAAUUCUCCAUCUCGAGAAUUAUGUCAAACUGCUUGGCACAGCUAAAUUUUUUCAUCAUAAAACUAUUGCCUCACUGGAUAACUCCGGGUUGAGGAGUUACUCAGAAUGCUACCAAAAUAUUGGUAUUUUAGUUUCAUAGUUUUUCAUAGUCUAAGAGUAUAAUAAGUUAAUUGUAAUUUUUAACACUAGCUUUAAAUCUCUCAUUAAUUAGGCUCUA